CGUGAUGACGCACAGGCGUACGCUCGGUGGCUCCUCGGGGAAGAUGGCGGCUGCAUCUUUGAAGGAGAGGAAUUGAGAGUAGGGAGCAGGGGAGAGGAGCGGGACGGGAGAGACACUCCCCGCGGCACCGAAGGACACCGCGCUCGCGGUCAGGCGCCCCUCCCGGCCCUCCACGUUGAGACAGGGUUUCUCUGUGUAGCCCUGACUGUCCUGGAACUCCAUAUAGACCAGGUUGGCCUCGAACUCAGAUCUGCCUGCCUCUGCCUCCUGAGUGCUGGGAUUAAAGGUGUGCACCACUGCCGCCGCCUGGCCAAUUUCUUGACCUAGUAGAAAAACAUCACCAUGGCUACAGAAAUUGGCUCUCCUCCACGAUUUUUCCAUAUGCCGAGGUUUCAACACCAGGCACCCCGACAGCUGUUUUAUAAGCGCCCCGAUUUUGCACAGCAGCAGGCAAUGCAGCAGCUUACCUUUGAUGGAAAACGCAUGAGGAAAGCUGUAAACCGGAAAACCAUAGACUAUAAUCCUUCUGUAAUUAAGUAUUUGGAGAAUAGGAUAUGGCAAAGAGAUCAGAGAGAUAUGCGGGCCAUUCAGCCGGAUGCAGGUUAUUAUAAUGAUCUGGUCCCACCUAUAGGAAUGUUGAAUAAUCCCAUGAAUGCAGUUACAACAAAAUUUGUUAGGACAUCAACAAACAAAGUAAAAUGCCCAGUAUUUGUUGUGAGGUGGACCCCAGAAGGAAGACGCUUGGUCACUGGAGCUUCUAGUGGAGAGUUCACCUUAUGGAAUGGGCUGACUUUCAACUUCGAAACCAUAUUGCAGGCUCAUGAUAGCCCUGUGAGGGCCAUGACUUGGUCACAUAAUGACAUGUGGAUGUUGACAGCAGAUCAUGGAGGAUAUGUGAAAUAUUGGCAAUCCAACAUGAACAACGUCAAGAUGUUCCAGGCACAUAAGGAGGCGAUUAGAGAGGCCAGUUUCUCACCCACGGAUAAUAAAUUUGCUACAUGCUCUGAUGACGGCACUGUUAGAAUCUGGGAUUUUCUUCGUUGCCAUGAGGAAAGAAUUCUCCGAGGUCACGGUGCUGAUGUGAAGUGUGUAGACUGGCAUCCAACCAAAGGGUUAGUCGUUUCAGGAAGUAAAGAUAGCCAGCAGCCAAUCAAGUUCUGGGAUCCCAAGACUGGGCAGAGUCUUGCAACACUUCACGCCCAUAAGAACACAGUGAUGGAAGUGAAAUUAAACCUCAAUGGCAACUGGCUCCUCACAGCAUCGCGUGACCAUCUCUGUAAGCUUUUUGAUAUCCGAAACCUGAAAGAAGAGCUUCAAGUGUUCCGAGGUCACAAGAAGGAAGCCACAGCUGUAGCCUGGCACCCUGUUCACGAAGGACUGUUUGCCAGUGGCGGCUCUGAUGGCUCUCUGUUAUUCUGGCAUGUUGGGGUUGAGAAGGAAGUAGGUGGGAUGGAGAUGGCUCAUGAAGGGAUGAUCUGGAGUUUGGCUUGGCAUCCUCUUGGACAUAUUCUCUGCUCAGGCUCAAAUGACCAUACCAGCAAAUUCUGGACUCGAAACCGGCCUGGUGAUAAGAUGCGAGAUCGAUAUAAUCUGAACCUUUUACCUGGCAUGUCGGAGGAUGGAGUAGAGUAUGAUGACCUGGAACCUAAUAGCCUGGCAGUAAUCCCAGGGAUGGGAAUACCAGAACAACUGAAGUUAGCUAUGGAGCAAGAACAGAUGGGAAAAGAUGAGGCAAAUGAAAUUGAGAUGACAAUUCCAGGCCUAGAUUGGGGAAUGGAGGAAGUGAUGCAAAAGGAUCAGAAAAAGGUUCCGCAGAAGAAGGUCCCUUAUGCAAAGCCCAUUCCCGCUCAGUUCCAGCAGGCCUGGAUGCAAAAUAAAGUUCCAAUUCCUGCUCCAAAUGAGGUACUGAAUGACAGGAAAGAGGAUAUCAAAUUGGAAGAGAAGAAAAAAACACAAGCAGAAAUUGAGCAAGAAAUGGCCACAUUACAGUAUACCAAUCCACAGCUUUUAGAGCAACUUAAAAUUGAAAGGCUUGCACAGAAACAGGCUGAUCAGAUCCAGCCUCCACCCUCGUCUGGUACCCCUCUGCUCGGACCUCAGCCCUUUUCUGGACAAGGUCCAAUAUCUCAGAUUCCUCAAGGUUUUCAGCAACCUCAUCCAUCUCAGCAGAUGCAAUUGGUGGCUCAAAUGGGGCCUCCAGGUCCCCAGGGCCAGUUCAGAGCUCCUGGACCCCAGGGACAAAUGGGACCACAAGGCCCUCCAUUGCAUCAAGGAGGUGGGGGACCGCAAGGAUUCAUGGGACCACAAGGACCCCAGGGUCCUCCCCAGGGACUGCCUCGGCCUCAAGACAUGCAUGGUCCCCAAGGAAUGCAGAGGCACCCUGGACCUCAUGGCCCUUUGGGUCCCCAAGGGCCACCCGGACCUCAAGGUAGUUCUGGUCCUCAAGGUCAUAUGGGUCCCCAGGGUCCACCUGGACCACAGGGUCACAUUGGCCCCCAAGGUCCACCUGCUCCUCAGGGCCACAUGGGCCCGCAGGGGCCUCCUGGUACUCAAGGAAUGCAGGGACCACCUGGUCCCCGAGGAAUGCAAGGACCUCCUCAUCCUCAUGGGAUACAGGGUGGACCAGGGUCUCAAGGAAUCCAAGGUCCAGUGUCUCAGGGACCUCUGAUGGGACUGAAUCCAAGAGGAAUGCAGGGGCCUCCAGGACCUCGGGAGAACCAGGGUCCUGCUCCUCAAGGGAUCAUGAUUGGCCACCCACCUCAAGAGAUGAGAGGACCUCAUCCUCCAAGUGGAUUGCUGGGACAUGGCCCUCAGGAAAUGAGAGGUCCUCAGGAGAUGCGGGGCCUGCAGGGGCCUCCACCACAGGGAUCCAUGUUGGGCCCUCCGCAGGAACUUCGAGGGCCCUCAGGUUCACAAGGGCAGCAGGGGCCACCCCAGGGCUCUAUGGGACCUCCACCCCAGGGUGGCAUGCAAGGACCUCCUGGACCUCAGGGACAGCAGAACCCGGCAAGAGGGCCACAUCCAUCUCAAGGGCCAAUACCAUUCCAGCAGCAAAAAACACCUCUGCUAGGUGAUGGGCCCCGGGCUCCCUUCAAUCAGGAAGGACAGAGUGCAGGUCCCCCACCCUUGAUACCAGGCCUAGGGCAGCAGGGAGCACAAGGCCGAAUCCCUCCUCUGAACCCUGGACAAGGACCUGGCCCUAACAAAGGUGACUCUCGAGGCCCUCCCAACCAUCACCUGGGCCCCAUGUCAGAGAGGCGGCACGAGCAGACUGGUGGCCCCGAGCACGGGCCUGAGAGGGGCCCUUUCCGGGGUGGCCAGGACUGCAGGGGUCCUCCUGACAGGCGUGGCUCUCACCCUGAUUUCCCUGACGACUUCAGACCAGACGACUUCCACCCUGACAAGCGCUUUGGCCACCGGUUAAGGGAAUUUGAAGGGCGAGGAGGACCCUUACCACAAGAAGAGAAAUGGAGGCGAGGGGGCCCUGGACCUCCCUUUCCACCUGAUCACAGGGAAUUCAGUGAGGGUGAUGGCCGGGGUGCAGCCCGAGGCCCUCCGGGGGCAUGGGAAGGCCGCAGACCUGGAGAUGAACGGUUCUCCAGGGAUCCUGAUGACCCACGUUUUCGAGGGCGCAGAGAAGAAAGCUUUAGAAGAGGAGCCCCCCCAAGACAUGAAGGCCGUGCUCCACCAAGAGGAAGGGACAACUUUCCUGGUCCUGAUGACUUUGGUCCAGAAGAGGGUUUUGAUGCUUCUGAUGAAGCAUCCCGAGGACGAGAUCUCAGAGGGCGAGGCCGUGCCAACCCACGAGGGGGAUCCAGGAAGUGCCUACUCCCCACUCCUGACGAGUUCCCUCGCUUUGAAGGAGGACGGAAACCAGAUUCCUGGGAUGGAAACCGAGAGCCCGGACCAGGUCAUGAACAUUUUCGUGAUGCUCCCCGCCCCGAUCAUCCCCCUCAUGAUGGCCAUUCACCAGCUAGCAGAGAGCGCUCCUCUUCUCUCCAAGGCAUGGACAUGGCCUCCCUACCACCCCGGAAGCGUCCCUGGCAUGAUGGGUCGGGCACUUCUGAACACAGAGAGAUGGAGGCCCAGGGAGGCCCCUCGGAGGACCGAGGAAGCAAAGGCCGAACAGGCCCAGGACCUUCCCAGAGAGUGCCAAAGUCCGGACGUUCCAGCUCUUUGGAUGGAGACCAUCAUGAUGGGUACCACAGAGAUGAACCUUUCGGUGGCCCUCCAGGCAGCAGCUCAUCUUCUCGAGGGGGCCGGAGUGGCAGUAACUGGGGUAGAGGGAGUAACAUGAACUCUGGCCCUCCACGGAGAGGCUCUUCAAGGGGUGGUGGGAGGGGUCGGUAGAAGUAGGGGCUGAGUAGCCCUGGGCCUCUGCAUAGUAUUUAAGAAGUUCUUGUGGACUCACCAAGGAAGCGGGAAGAAGCCUUUACCACUGUAGCCGAGCUCUUCUGGGGCAGCUGAGUUCGAGGAGCCCAAUGCGGUUAUCACGAUGAAGAGACUGCUGCCACUACCCAGGGUAGUUGGCCCCGUUUGUCUUGUCCAACCUCGUCGCCCUAACGCUCCCUCCCAUGUUGUUUGUGAAGAUGAAAGCUGGAAUCUUUUUUUUUUUUUUUUUUUUAACGUGUCGUAAGAAAUGGAGCACCUCCACGAAGUUGAGUUCAUGUCCAAUUGGAAAUUUAUUUCUAUAUGUACAGUUUGUCAGAGAAAAAAAACCUUGUUUUGUAUGAAUACAGAAUGUGAUUUACUCAAGAAUUAACAAAACAAC